GCUAGUGUCUAAUUCAUGACUCAGAGGAUGGCCUGUUCACAAAGAAUAGGGGCAUCUUCCUUGCUGUUUAUUCUCAGAAAGUGCUAGAUCAGUCUUUCUGAAAGUUGUAUUGUGGAAUUCUUGCAAAACUGAUUCUGUGAUCACUUGAGUGUGGGAAAUGCUGUACUUCACAUCUUCUUUCUUGGGAAUUAAUUUAAAUUAAUUUAAUUGGUAAAUUAAAGACACUGAGAAGUCCUGUGAUAGACAGACCUGUUUAAUUUUGUUUCAGCCAGCAUUGUCCAAAAUGUUUUGACCAUAAAAUUCUGUUUUUUCCUGCUUAAUAUCUCUUAACGUCUUGCAGAACACACACACUGGCCAAGUACCCUGCAAAUACAGAACUUGCCCAGUAGCAGGACGGAAUGGGUAUGAAUGUGAACACGGCCCUAAAUCCUAGGCUCAUGUAAAGAAUCAGGGUUAUACCCAGUGCUUCUGAAACUGCUUUAGACAGCUCUGACAUGUGGGUGCCACAUUAAGUUAUUUUAUCUGCUCAGAUUCCUUCCCUCAAGCCUCUCUAGCAUAAGAAUUUGGAGUCCUUGGUUGAAUUCCUGAAGAUGUGGUGUGUUACUCAUUUUUAGGAAGGGCUGUUGGAGCUUGAAGGUAGUGCGUCCAGGCUCCUGAAGAUCCUCAGGCACUGCUGAAAGGGUGACUUGCCAGAGGGAGAACUCUACUUUGGAGAACUUGCUUAAGCAGUCCCUGAGCGGUAUCUAUCAAAAUACCUGUUACUCUAGGAACAUGGUUCUCACCUUUUGUCUAAGACAUAGUUUUGUAUGAUGUUAGAAUUUUUGAUAGUAUAUUAAGGAAUUAAAAGGCGAAUGUCUUUUUUCAAUAAAGCAAGUUUCAGAAAACCUGUCUAUUUACUUGUUCACUGUCUGGUAUGUUACUGUUUGAGUAGAACUAUUUCCUGCCCUUGUUCUCUCAUAUCCUUUGAGGUAAAAUUAUAUAUGUUCCUCUAAACAUGCAAUUUUCCUCUUAUUUGCAGUAAAUUGUGUCAUGAGCCACAUUGUGGCUCAGUGGUGUGUCUGACAGAAAUCUUCAUAAAAGUGUAGAUCUUUAGUUGAAUGGAAAUAAAAUCUAUUAAUUGUUUAAAAUUUGCUGGCACAGUUAUUCAGGGUUCCUGGGGUACCAGUGCUUUGCAGCAUGUUGGUUGAGAUCCACUUUUAGAAGUACUGAAAGGUUUAAGACUCGAUCCUAUGGAAUUUAUGAUUAUAUUGGACACAUAAGACAUACAGCUGCGAAAAGCUAACAAUGCCUAGGUUUGUGGUAGGUUCAGUCUAAGGGUUCACAUGAGAGGGGGAGGAAUGUGGAGGAAUCAGGGAAGUAGAGGCUUAAGCUCGAUCUUGAAGAAUGGGAGAAUUUGACUAGUGCGCAGAAGAGAGAAGCAAGCAUUUGUCAGGGACAAAGGUAGGCUGGUGCUGGCAAUAUAGGAGAAGGUAUGGGAAUAGGAAUGAAUGUAGAAGAAAUGAGCUUGGCGGGAGUUCACUUGCAUAGUGUGGAGCCAUGGAGGUGAGGUUGAAUGAGUAAGGUAAGUUGACAUUUGGAGGCCUUUCAAGGGAGAUGUGGAUCUGCUCCAUGCUCUCGUUGAGCAUGGUCUGUCCUCGUGCUGGCAUAUUUCCCACAAUCUCACUUUACCCUGGGUGUUGGGGCUAUUCCACAUUCCCUGGCCAGAAGGGUAAGCAGUUUAACAAAAUAUAACAAUCUUUUUGAACCUUAAUUAUAGACCUUUGCUGCUGAGGCCAUUGGAGGAUUUAGCCUCAUGCAAGUAUAAAUUAAGAGUUAGAAGUUUCUUGUCUUGAGCUGUUUAAAUACUUGUACUUUAAAGCCAAAUUCUUAGUAUUGGUAGUAGAGCUGGUGGAUACAAGCGAUAUGGGGGAAAAUCUGCUUUCUAGAGACCAAGAAGAUCCAAGAAAUCAAGAGACAGUGUUGAGUUAAAAUUCCAGUCCCCUAAGCAUCGUUUUGCAUAGCCCUGUCCCCCCUUGAGAUGGCCUUGUUCUACACUUGUGGACAGAUACCCUCUCCUGAAUUCCCAAGGCGACAGGAAAUUAUGUUUAUGGAAAUCAUGCCAGUCAUGCCGGUAGGCGGCAUCAGUGGCAUGAAGGGAAUCAAACUUCGAGAUGGGACAGGGAGGGAGGUUGAUUUGUGAUCCAGGAGUCUUCUGAUCUUAGAGACCAUAUGGGUUUAAGACCUCUGCAAUACACCCACACUCCCCUCUUCUUCAUCCCCCAGCCAUUUUUCUUCAGACUGGGUUUCUUUUAAUUUGCUUUUGGUUUGGGGUAUGAGCGAGGAGAGGUGAAAUGAAAGGGGACUCUAGAUAACUUCCUAGAUUAAUUUCUGUCCCUCUGGACUCACUUGUUGCCAAGAUUUUAAGGAGCCUGAUAGCUUACCGUGGGUACAUGUUGUGUUGUUUUUGUUUAAAAUAGGUCAUGCACCCAGGAAUGCAGUCAAACUAUAAUGGUGACUAAGUGCCGGAAAGCUGAGAGGGAGGGGGCCCAAGUGGAAAAAUGAGCCUGAGGCAAGAGAAGGAGGGCUGGGAAAAUGGAAGUUCCACCAGGCCCACAGCCAGGAUGCCCAGUGUACCAGUGAAGGAACGGGUGAAGGUGUCUCAGAACUGGAAGUUAGGGCACUGCCGAGAGGGGAUUCUGCUGAAGUGGAGAUGCAGUCAGAUGCCCUGGAUGCAGCUAGAGGGUGAUUCUCUGUACAUAUCCCAGGCUAAUUUCAUCCUGGCCUAUCAGUUCCGCCCAGAUGGUGCCAGCUUGAACCGGAGGCCCCUGGGAGUCUUUGCAGGCCAUGAUGAGGAUGUUUGCCAUUUCGUGCUGGCCAACUCACAUAUUAUCAGUGCGGGAGGAGAUGGGAAGAUUGGAAUUCAUAAGAUUCAUAGCACCUUCACUGUCAAGUACUCGGCUCAUGAACAGGAGGUGAACUGUGUGGAUUGCAAAGGGGGUAUCAUUGUGAGUGGCUCCAGGGACCGGACGGCCAAGGUAUGGCCUUUGGCCUCAGGCCGGCUGGGGCAGUGUUUACACACCAUCCAGACUGAAGACCGAGUCUGGUCCAUUGCUAUCAGCCCAUUGCUCAGCUCUUUCGUGACAGGGACGGCUUGUUGUGGGCACUUCUCACCCCUAAGAAUCUGGGACCUCAACAGUGGGCAGCUGAUGACCCACUUGGGCAGUGACUUUCCCCCAGGGGCUGGGGUGCUGGACGUCAUGUAUGAGUCCCCUUUCACACUCCUGUCCUGUGGCUACGACACCUACGUUCGCUACUGGGACCUUCGUACCAGUGUCCGGAAGUGUGUCAUGGAGUGGGAGGAGCCCCAUGACAGCACUCUGUACUGCUUGCAGACGGAUGGGAACCACUUGCUGGCCACUGGUUCUUCCUACUAUGGAGUUGUACGACUGUGGGACCGGCGCCAAAGAGCCUGCCUACAUGCCUUCCCGCUGACAUCGACACCCCUCAGCAGUCCUGUGUACUGCCUCCGCUUCACCACCAAGCAUCUCUAUGCUGCACUGUCUUACAACCUCCACGUCCUGGACUUUCAAAACCCGUGACAGUCAGGGCCACCCCAGCCUUGGGCCAGGGAAGCCAGCUACUCAGGGACCUCUCCUGCCUGGAGGGUGCAGUGAUACCUCCCCCCAACCCCCUCAUCGUGCCUGUGCUCCUAGACCUAUGACUACAGUGCUCGGGCACUGUAAGCUAAAGGCUGCUGACUCCUGGGGAUUUGGGGUUACCCAGAGGCACAGUCCCUCCCAGGAACCAGUUGGAGAGAAGGGACGUGGGAGAGUGCAGAUGAACCCAGCUAGGCCUUGCUUCCCUGUUGGCCAGAGCAAGGAUCUGGCUUAGAGAGGCCCACCUUAAGGUCAACCUAAGAAGGUCAACCCCUUCUUAGAGCUGUGACAGCUUAGAGUGAGGUGAGGUGCUCCAGCCUUCCCAGUUGGUCUCUUUCUGCCCCUUCCCUGGAAAGAGGGGUGAGGGUGCCAAUCAAUACCCCGGCUGGCACUGGCCCUCACCUCCUCAGUCAGACCUCACCCUUGACCAAGCUCUUGGGGCUGAAGACUCAUUCCUGGGGCACUGUGGCCUGGUCUCGCUUUGAAACCAAGAAAGGACAAAGGGAACCCCACACUUCUGAGUGAGUUCUAAGCCAGCCCAACCUCAGUCCAGCUGUUGAGACAUGCUAUAAUGUUCAUUUUUGUAAAAAUAAAGCUUGAUUGUUCACA